GCGUGUGCUCGGUGCUGUCUGCAUCCCUGCGCCAUGGAGCUGGAGGAUGACUUCGAUGCUUUUGAUCCAGAGAGAUUAGUACAAUGUCCAUACAAUAAACAUCAUCGAAUCAGAGCCUGUCGGUUUCCCUAUCACCUUGUAAAGUGUAAGAAGAGCUACCCUGAAGUUGCAAAGCAAUUGGCCACGUGCCCCUUCAACGCUCGCCAUCUCAUUCCUCAAGCUGACCUCAGCGAUCAUAUAGCGAAGUGCAGUUACAAAGGGUUAAUUGAGCAAGAUGUAGGGAAUCAGCCCUCUGACUUCAAGAGAGAUGAGAUGAAUGCUGUGAGCACGUGGCAGGCACCUCCGUGUGAUGAAGACUGGGAAGCAGAAUUGCUGGAGCAGUCAGAUUCUCCUUUUAUUUGGGGCAUGUGCAACUCUGGCAUAAACAGUUCCAGUACCACCUCUGGGCGAGAGAGUUAUUUGCCUUCAGGAGUACGUGCCCCUGAGAUCUCCCCAUACACUCCCCCAUUUAAACGCUAGAGUUCUGCCUUCGUUGAAAACAUCCUGAUAUCACGCCUUUGAAGCUUCAAGCCUUGACUUUGUCACAUGAGCGAGCCCUUGGUUCUUCAGGUCAUACGUUAAUGGGGAAUCCUCUGUGACUUCUUUACAAUAUGAGUAAUACCAAGCAGGGGAAGUUUAAAGAGUACACCUAAGUACUCAUCUAGUUUCCAUUAGUUUUUAAGUUUUCUGACACAUAAAACAUGUUUGAGGUUCUAACAUAACCAGUUUCUGUUGGGGAGGUUGGAGGUAGGAAUAGUUUAAGUCACUCAGAAUACAUAUUUGGAUCUAUGUAAAUGUUUGGCUUAAGCAGUGUAUUUCUAAAAGCAGAUGCAAAAUUAAAAAUGGGAUCUAAAUAUACAAAGAAUUAAGAAACCACAUCUGGUAUUUGUUGAGAAAGAAAUGCUUUUCACAUUUUGAAAAGUAUGUUCCUCAAAGUACUGGAUUUUUUCCAUUUGUAUUCCUACCAGUGUAACACAAUACAUGUUGAAUAGAAUGUACAAAAUCAGGUUUAUUUUAAAGUUCAGUUCUGUUAAGGUUCUUGUUGGUAACUUAGAAUAAAAAGGUUAUGAAUA